AACCUCAAUCAACCAACCACAAAACAAAUCAUGCAAUAACCUCUCAAAAAACAGAAAAAAUGUGGCACCAAUUCUGGAUACCCGUUUUAAUACCAACUUUGAUAAUAAACAGAUCAUAUUGUGAAGACAAUAAAACAGACAUUUUCGUACAAUAUUCUGGACACGCUGAAGCGGCGUAUUUAGAACGAGCAACUCCGAUUUCGACACAAAAUCCGUCACCAACAACAGAUCUGAGUACGACAAUACGGAUCUCAAAUCCGGUGUCGACAACUAUCCGGUAUAGUGAUGAGACGGAAAGCGUGGUGUUUGUUCCAAAUGACAGGGAUAGAAGGAUAGAUAGUGAUGAUGAAGGAAGGGGGAUGAGAAUUAAGGAUAUCAUGAAUAUGAGAACUGUGCAUGAUGCUAUGAAUAAGAAUUUUCAUGUUGAAAAGAAUGCUGAUACUCCAAACGAAGAUAUAGUGUUUAUAUCCGGCAAAAACCAUGACACAGAGAAAGUGAGAGAAAGAGAAGAAAGUGGGAGAAGAAGUGAAUUCCAAUACAAUAAUGUAGAAGACCAAUACAACCAAUAUAACGAAGAAGAUUUUAUUAUCAAGACGAAACUAAACUGCAGUGAUUUGGACUGCAAUAAUACUAUAAGAUCAACUUGUGGAGCAAAAUACGUUAAUAAUGAGUGGAGAUAUCGACUGUUUCUAAAUGAUUGUUAUUUUAGGAAAGUUAACUGUGCUUUUAAGUAUGAAGUUAACCGAUACAAGCAAGUGACAGUGGACCGUUGCAAGACUAUAGGUGCUCACUACAUGGACAGAGGUUUUCCGUACCAACCGAAACCUUACCCGGAGAAGCCUGUAGAUAAAGUAGAGUUUGAUACUAGAAAGGUUUCAGCAUCGAGAAGAUCCAUGACAAUGAACUAUAACGGUCAGUUCUGCUCACACCCAUGUCCACUGUCCUGCCCAGAAGACUAUGACCCUCAAUGUGCUGCAUCUAACACGGGACAGAAGAGAGUGUUCCUGAACCAUUGUAAAUUGGACCAUAACUCCUGCUUCUAUGGCGUUGUAUGGCACAAAAGACCUCUAGCCGAGUGCAUCGGUCAUAAGAAAGCUGAUAUGAGGUCCAACCGAGGUUUCAUCGGUUGGAUGCAAAGAGUCGGCGUAGUGGAUAAAAAAGGGCGUCUAGUGAUAGAAUAAAUU